AUUAAAUUUAUCGGUUAUGAGCAGCAACAACAGAACAAAUAGGCCUUAACAUGGGAUCCAUUAAAGCUGAGAAGUCACAUGUCUGAGUGAUCGGAAACCGGUCCCCACCACUCCUCUCCUCCCCUCUCGAUGUGUCUAGCUUACGACUGCUUCUAACUACGGGGCUAGUUAGUGCCUUUUAACUGGAACAAACAAAAGGCAACUCUACAGUUUCUGUAUUUUAUGCGAACCAGCUCAUUCCCAUCUCCAUCUCCAUAUCUUUCAUUUCCCUGUUUCCCCCCUCUUCAAUUCCAGUUUUAGGGUUUUCAAAAUAUCGAUUUUUGGUAAGAGGAAAAGAAGAAGAAGAACACCAACAACAAUACGGACCCACCAGCGUAAACCCAUUUCGCAAUAAUUUCCUGGAUACGUGGCUUACGCCAUACAAGCACAAUCUCUUUCUAGAUUCUGUUUAUCCAGCAGUUUCUUGGACCUCACCAUUUUAUUCUUUCUUUUGCAUGCUCCCAAGUUGGUAAAGUCUUCUUUUUAGUUUCAUUUUAUUAUGUGUUAUUUGGCUUUUUCUUCUCUCUUCUCUUAUCUUUGGUUUCUCAUAUACAAUUUACAUCCUCGAUUUAUUCCAACUUUUGUCCCAUUGUCUAGAGGGUAUAGUAUGCUUCCUUCACUCAUUUACCAAUCCAAAGGUUAAAAGAUUCAGGGAGCUUUGAUCUGUAUGUCACUGGGUUGAAGAAAUUUCCGAUCUUUAGUAUGUAAUCUUGAUUUUUCUGAUUGGGGAUUUUCAUCUUUUUUUUUUUCUUCUGGGUUUCGAGUUGAUAUUUUCGAAAGGUUUCUAUUCCAAGCCAUAAAAUAUGUUUCCAAACACUCCAUAAGAUGUUGCAUACACUUGAUUCAACACACACAAACUGAAGCCUAGUCUGCUACAAUUGAAUGUAAAUUAUGUAAAGCAAUUUCCCAACUUGAAAUAUAUGGUCUCUAUCCGAUUCAGAGAGAUGGAUAAUGCUAAGAUUGUUGGCUACAAGAAUGAGAAUCCAUCCUCAAACAAAGAUUUUGAAUCAUCAAAUGAAGAUUGCUUGUUGGAAACAUUGACAAUGGAGGUGAAUCCUAAAGGUGUAUUGCCUUCAAGCAACAAGAAGUUACAGAUUAGUGAUUUUUGCCCACAAAAGCUGUUUCUUCAACAAAUGGUUGGCUUAAAGAGAAGGAUUCCAAAGCAAAUCAUGAGUCUCGAAGAAAAAUACCUUCGCCAUUGCCUUGAAUUGAUUCAUACGAGUGCCAUGAGAUCAAAUUCUUUUUCUUCCCCAUCAAAAAUCAACUUUUUGCCCGAUGCAUUUACUUCAAGAACGGUUAAUGGAAGUAAUUGUGAUACUUUGUUUUUAUUUUCAUCUGGGGUUGAUCCGAUUGUGGGUUCAAUCACAGGAAGUAGAAGCAUGAUUAAUCUUUUGAACAGCCCUUUACUAUGUCCAUUAGAGGUCAAAGAAUCAUUACUUUCUGUUGAUACUUCAUCCCAUGACCUAAAAAAACAUGAAUCGGUGCACCAAAGGCUUGUUUCAGUCUCAAGCACCAACUCCACUUUCUCAGAUCCUUUUUCUUCUUCUUCUUCCUCUUCUUCUUCUUCAUCAUCGUCAUCCAAUUCCUACUCUCAAGGAAUGCUUCACUGCUCAUGGAAUAACGGAUUCCCACGUUAUGUUUUCUCAGUAGAGGACCAGAAAGAAGUUUACACGACCAAUUUAUCAAAACUCGAGUCGAUUAAGGAUGAGGGUUUGGAUUACGUUUACAUGUUUCAUGACAACGAGUCAGAUCUUGUGGCUAAAAUGAAAGUGUCGACGAGUUUCACAUUCUGUCCACUUGGAACAGAAAUUACAGAGACUCAUUUUAUUUUAUGCGCCACUGGACAUCAUAGUGAAGAGGGUCCAAAUCAGAUUGUUAAAAAGAACAAAGGGCUUUCAAAGAAGGUGACAAACAUUUUUAGAGGACACCCAAAUCGGAAUAGGACAUGUUCUAAAUUUGACGGAAUGCCGAUGUUAUUAGAGCCAAGUGAAGACGGGAAUGCGUCCCCGGAAUCCAGCUUUCCGACGAAUCUUGAAUCGGUUGCGAUUGUUGUGAAGGAGCAUGUUAAGAAGGUGGAAGUUGGAGGGUGGGGUUUGAAGUUUCUUAAAGAAGGUGGACAAACACAUUGUGAAGUUUGUAGUGAAAGUAGUAGCCAACAUUUUAGCAGCAUGGAUGUUAUUGUCCCUUCAGGGUUUCAUGGGGGACCAAAAACGAAAAAUGGAGGAGCUUCUAGCCUUGUUGAGAGGUGGAGGAAUGGUGGUUCUUGUGAUUGUGGUGGUUGGGAUAUCGGUUGCCCUCUCACACUACUUAAUGCUGGUCCAAAUAAUAAAAAAGAUGUUUUCUACCAAGCAGGUGUUUUUGGGAAGACCAAUUCGUUUCAAUUAUUUACACAGGGUUGUAAGCAAAGUCUACCAGUUAUAGAAGUGAGGAACAUUCAUGAUGGUUUGUAUUAUAUCCAUUACCAGUCAACACUAUCUGCGCUGCAGUCUCUUUCAAUUGCUGUGGCAAUAAUUCAUAGUCACAGCCCCACCCUCAAACCUAAAAGACAGAUGUUGCAGGUAUACUUAGAUUGA